AUGGAUUCAUCGAUCAUUAUUGAAAUGAAUCGUUUACUACGACAAUGUCAUGUGGAUCGGAUUAGGAUGACUCCAUUUAUGUGGUGUUUGAAUAUUCAAAGCCCUGUGGAGGUGAAUUUGAAAUUAUUGAAGGUUAUGGUUUGCAGGUGGGUUGGGCAUGAUAACAGUUUUAGAGUAAGUCAAAAGUUGGUUGCCUUUAGAGUUAUUGAUGUGUUCAUGAGCAUAGGUUUAGAAAUAGGUGGUUUAGAGAUUCCUUUUGAUGAAGUAGUUGUUGGAUUGGUUGGUGAAAUGUUCAAAUCAAAAACCAUCAGUUUGAAUGACUUGACGGACAUGUUUAAUGUCAUUGUUCAUGAUAAAAACAUUGAUGUUGAUGUAGUGUUGUUAGAUGACUUAGACAGUUUGUGUCUAUAUGAUUGGUGCAUCGGUGUACAUAAACAUAUUGUAGAGAAUUUAAAUAAAUGUAAGAAGAAAAUUAUGGGAGCAGGUAUCCCCCAGUCAGUCACUCUUAGUGGCAAUGUGGCAGUGUUGCAGUUAAAUAUGGAGUGGUAUCUAAGAAAGGAAGAUCGUCAUAGGCCGGAAAUCCGUGCAGCUUUCAACAUGGAUGACGGAGGGAUGAGUGAAGGAUCCUUGGGUGAAGGAUCCAAGGUUGAGAAAGAUGAUGAUGAUGACGAAAGCUUUGAUGACGGGACAUUGGAAGCAGGUGCCAAGGAGAGAUUGAGGAAAAACAAUGAAGAUAUCAGAGCAUUGAAUGCCAAGAUUGGAGUUCUUACUAGGGAGUUAUUUGAAAUUUGUCAAACUCCAAUCUUUCAUGAAGCAGAUGCAUGUGGCACUGAUGAAGAGGUUGGUGGUGGAGUUGAUGAAGCACCUGGAGUUGGAGGUGAGGAGAAGCCUGAAGUUGGGGGAGACGAAGAGGCUGAAGUUCGUCCUGAUUGUGGAUUUGAAGAAGAAGGUGAUGGUAAUGCAGUUCAUGACCCCCUAGGUGCAUAUACUGAAGUAAGAGGGGAGGAUAAAACCGCACAUGAAGAGGAGUUAGUUUCAAGAACUGUUGAUAACAUUCAUUUUAUUGAAAUAGAUGAUGAUGGUGAUGAAGAAGAACGGGAGGUCGUGCCAUUGGUUAUACCCCCAUUGCGCAGUUUUGUUGGUGAUCCAAGCACCACUGUUGAUGUAGACCAAUUGUACACAGCAGUCAGCGUCAGAGAGAUGACCGUAUACAGGGUUGUAAGCGAGAUAAUUGGGCAAACGUUGAGCACGACUUCAUUCUACACUUUGGCCCCGAUAAAAUACGUUGAUAACAUGGUGGUGUUAUUUGCUUGUACGAUCUUUAUGUACUUUGAGAAAAGGUUGUGCGGUGUUGUUAAGAGGAUUCAUUUUAGUCCGUUAUACUCGUUGUUUCUGCCAUUUGUCCACGACGAUCAUUGGCGGUGUUAUUCAGUGAAAUUGAGGUCAUUGGAGAUUUUUGUGAUUGACUCAUUGGGUAAGGGGAUCAGAGACCGCAAAAGGAUAGACACAGCUGUUGCUGAAAAUAUGGCACGGUUUUUUUGCAUCUUGAUGAAUACACCGGAAGGUAGUAUCGGUCCUUUGACUGUUAAACAAGCAAAUAUCCCAUCCCAACCAAACUUAUAUGAUUGUGGAGUCAUAAUGUUGAAAGCAAUGGAAAUCUGGGAUGGAGACGAAAAAUACAACGGGAAAAGCAUGCCUCAAUAUACAACUGAGGAGCUGCUUGGGAUUAGAAAGAAAUAUGUGUGUGACUGGAUCCUGGACAACGAGAACAUAAGAAGAAUGGAAGCCCUACAGCUAUAUGGCAUUUUUUAG